UUUGUGCCAUUUUUUCUCUAAUAAACAAACCACUCUCGUCGCUGUCAGUCACUGAUCAGUCCGUACAGUCGGAGCGGAGGAGCGAGUCUCACGUAACAAGCUGACCAGCAAGCCAAACUAGUUUAGUAAUUUAUCAAGUAAAGUUUGCUAUUUUAAUUUUAGUAGGACGAUAUUCGCUUUGAAGUUAAUCCAUUUGAUAGUCAGCAUUUCUGUAAUGUUCUAGUUAGAUUGGGACAUUGAUAGCUAAUAUCUUUAAACAACCAGAAUAACUACAGUUGAUGAUCGCUUGCUCGGACGUUGUUUGUUGAUCAGGACUAUUUAAAACAUAGGUGGCAGGCGAAUACCUUCAGUUACUGUGUAACUUUAAAAAUACAGCUAGAUAACUAGCUCGCAAUAUAUUAACAGGCGUUUUUUUAACAUCAGUUAACUGACGUUAGCAACCAGGCAAAGGGAACUGGACAGGCAUAUUCAACGUUAUUACUAGUUAGCUGAACUGAUAACGUGCAUUGCGAAUAAUUAUAAGGUUUAAGGCAGUAAUCAAUUUGAUACAGUGGACUAACUGCUAGCGUUAGCCAUUGUUAUUUGGUGCUUACUAUCUGGUUAGCUGUGGUACUAACAAGCGCUAGGUUACUUUAGCAACCUAACUAGAAGAUAAAGGAUACCAGUUGCAAUCUGCAUUCAUGUAUCUUGCUUGCUAACGUAACUAAUUGUUAAUGUGUAUUCAUUAGCCUGCAAAAUAUAAACAACAUUUUGUUUACAAAGGGUUUUCAAGAACAACAAAAACAAUCCAGCCAGGUUGUUAAAUAAAUAAAUAAAACGGCGUACAAACUACCAGCACCACGGUCGACGUUUUGCCUCGUUCACGAAGAAAAGGACAAAAGAAGUGCACUGCAAAUUAUCAGUGGCAUUGCAAGACCAAUACAGUUAGUAAGAGUGUACAUCGGCGUGUCAGACUUCUUUUCAUUUCUGACCCGGAUUGUCAUUUUAUCGGUGUUAUUGUGGAAAAUGGCGGCGGUCGGAAUGGUGCAGAUGUUGAUCGAAGCUGCUGAAUAUCUGGAACGGAGAGAAAGAGAGGCAGAACACGGCUAUGCAUCCAUGUUACCCUACAGCAACGGCAAAGACAGGGACAGCCUGAAACGAAAAAAUAAAAGCAAGAAAAGUUUCAACAGCAGGUCUACGCACAAUGAAAUGGAGAAGAACAGACGGGCACACUUGCGGCUGUGUUUGGAGCGUUUGAAAUCCCUGGUGCCCCUGGGCCCCGACUCCAGCAGACACACCACCCUGAGCCUCCUGAUGAAGGCCAAGGAGCAUAUUAAGCGGUUGGAGGAGAGCGAGCGGAGGGCCCAGCACUCUAUAGAGCAGCUGCAGCGGGAGCAGAGACACCUGCAGCGCCGCCUGGAGCAGCUGGGAGUGGAGCGAGUGCGCAUGGACAGCACGGGCUCCACCCUGUCCUCAGAGAAAUCCGACUCUGACCAGGAAGAGCUGGACGUUGACGUGGAUGUAGACGUAGACGUUGACGCAGAUGGAGACGCAGACGGAGACGCAGACGGAGACGCGGACGCGGACGUGGACGCGGACGUGGACGUGGACGUGGAGGGCACAGACUACCUCCUGGGCGAGCUGGACUGGAGCCGCAGCAGCGUGAGCGACUCUGACGAGCGCAGCAGUCUGCGCAGCAGCUGCAGUGACGAGGGCUACGCCAGCGCCAGCCUGCUGCGUCUGCAGCACCCUGUGGAGGGCGCCCUGCUGCGCCUGCAGCACCCUGUAGAGGGCGCCCUGCUGCUGGCCUGCAGCCUAUGAGCCUGACCCCUCACCCCCGACCGCCCCGGUAUACACACACAUACACCAACACUUACACGUGUACACACAUACACACACGCACAAGUAUGUACACAUACACAUACAUAUGAAUACUUAUGCACACACACAUAGGGACACGUGCAUUUAUACACGGACACACACACGCAUAUAGCAAAUGGCAGUCUGGUUACACCCCCCUUCAAGUGGAGGGACACACACAUACACACACACACACACAUAUACACACACGUUUGCGAGUCCUUCUGGCUCGAUCGCAACCUCUUUUCUCCCCUACUUUCUCCCCAAUCCUCACUGACACAACCACUCACAGCCUAAACCUCUCCAGUCCAAUCACAUGCAUAGAUUCUCUGACCGCUCAUGCUAAGUUAUACUCUCCAACUUGGGUGCUGUGAUUCAACCUCUCUCAUAAACACUCACUUACGCGCGCACACACACACCUGCACUUACACGCGCCCACGCAUACACACAUAUUGCUUCCCGCUGGUUUAGAACCGGACACGAGCCACUACGACAUUGCCAGUCCACUCCCGGCUGCCCGUCACAUCUGCGGUCCAACCACAAGCAGCCGAACCAGCUAAGCCCCGCCCGCCGCUGAAGAGACCCAGCCCUCUCACCAGAGGUGCCGCGUACAGGAGACUCCGUCCGUCUGUCUGUCUGUCCGAGGACGUUCUUUUGCACUUAGAGGAGUGGACGGACCUUUCCGGAACUCCUCCUGGAAGGCGUUGCAGCUACAUUAAUAACUUGUCGGGUGCAGUCGUUAUUUCUCUUUUUAAUGAAACCCGCCCACCCAUGUAAGCCGGAUAUGUGCGUCUGCACCGGGCUUCUCCAGCAGAGAUUUGGGCUCUACGCAAUGGGCGGGGCAUCGUGGGAGGGGCCUAAGCGUGUCCCAGCCUCUCAAGACUCUGUAAAAAGGAGGGGGGGGGGGUCACUGUUAUUUAACGGUGAAGUUAAGUGACCUGCCGUUUGGAUAACAUUUCCUAACCCCCCCUUACUUUUAAACCACACCGGCCGUCAGGAACUUUUACUACGAAGAAGAAAGAAAACAAAAUGAAGAAAAAAAAUUGUUGUGAAGAGCAAUGUGCAGCAUGAGAUUGU